CUAAGGAACAGAACAUUGCUUCUCACUCAAUCACUUGUUCACGCCCGCCACGCCCCAUGCACUCUGUAGUCGCGAUAUAAUGCAGGCGUGCCCCGCGCUAACCAUUCAUAGCUUUGUUGCAGCUGUUCGAUACACCUAGUCAACAUGGCCUACCGCGCGCAGUUUGUUGGCGCUAUCGCCGUCGCGUUGACAAUCCUGGGCGCGCUGCACAGCUGCGAGGCUGCGUCGGGCCGCUCGCUGCUGAUGGGUGACAUGGCGAUGGGCUCGAUGACCAACCUCACCGGGUCCACCCUCAAGUCGGCCGACGGCAAGUUCACCUACACCAUCGCCGACCGCAGCAUGGCCCGCAAGGCCUACCCCUGGUGUGUCACCUCCACCACCACCUCCUACUUCCUCAAGCCCACCGUCACCAAGGGCGCCACCACCAGCAGCUACACCGAGUACGAGUUCCUCAUGGAUGAGAACUACCCGCUCUGCAAGGAGGUGCUCACCAAGAAGUCCAAGAACGCGGCCGACAUCGCCAAGAAGUGCAACACGCCCUUUUACAGCUUCAUGAUCGCCAUCUCGGACGUGUGCCACACCGCCAUCAUGAGCGUUAACACCAUCCAGAUGUUCUCGCAGGAGGACAAGGCCGGCGCCAACUCGACUGAGAUGUACUGCCACGCACACAAGGGCCACGACACCGGUGUACCGCUGCUCAAGUACCUGAUCAAGCCGGCCUACCUAAAGCCCGCCUCCACCACGUCCACCCGCCGCUUCAAGAUCACGGUGCGCCUCAACAAGAGCUCCAGCAACAAGUGCCAGGACCUCACGACCCUGUGCGGCGGCGACACGUGCAUGGUGGCGCUGAGCGAUGAGGAGUACAACACCUGCCCCGCCUUCUACUCCCAGCUCAUGGCUUGAUCAGUGAACGAGAGCGAUUCUUUUAUUGAUGAAUGAUGAAGAAACCUAGCGAGCGCCGAAGCGAGAUUACGGUGGCCAGGAGUGGCCAGUGUUCGGGCUUCGGAGUACAUUGAGGGAAUCAGGGAAAACUUGAAUAGGAGACAAGACGGGACUGCGGGACUGGUGAUAUUGUUGUUGGAGUUGUGCCCGUAUGCGUGCAGUGGUGGUUGUUGCAACUCCGCCAUUAAUUUUAGACUGCGGAUGCAAAGGAGGCCCCCGCCGCUUGUACGGCAGAUUAAUUAUUAUGCUUGACUGGCGGGUGUGUGUGUGUGUGUGUGUGUGUGUGUGUGUGUGUGUGUGUGUGUGUGUGUGUGUGUGUGUGUGUGUGUGUGUGUGUAUUGGCCGGCGUGCGUGUUCUGAGGAGGGAUGGGGGUUAGGUAAUGUGGCGGCGGGGGCGGCGGGGGGUGUCUUCUUGAGCAGCCUUGUACCUCCCCUGCCUUAUACUGUGCAGCUUGGUUCCCCGUGUGGCCAAAAUCAAUGGCUGCAGUCCAAGUGUCUGACAGUCUGACAAGGGACCGGCAAUGCGACCUGUAAGAGUGAUGUCAU